AUGAAAUGUGAUGGCCUGGCUAGGAGAGCUAUCAUUUUUGUCACAUUCAUUAUCUCGACAACUAUUCUUUACGGCUUUACCACCAGGUUCUUGUUCACAGCUCCAAACUACUAUGAUGUGAGCAUCGAUCCUGAAGGAGGAAGCUACUAUGACUACGGAUCAAAGGUCGCUGCUGCUGUCUGGAAGGGCGCUGGCCAAUGGAUUGGAAUGAUUGCAUCCGAUUCGACCAACGUCACUGUUAUCUCAGCAACAGCCAGCGAAGAUGCAAUUGACAAGUUGCAAGAUUCCCACGGACUGGAAUUGAACACGACAGUGAGCGAUGGACUGGGCCUGGAAUCGACUCUCGCAGCUAUAGAAUACGACAUCGGAGCUCUGCUCAAACAGAAGCGUCAUCGGUCACCGAUACAAGCGCUCUGUGGUCCGAAAUUUCUCGAUGCAGGCACCGCAAGCCCUCGGUUUUUGGCCACAAUGACCAGGCACAUAACGCCUCGCCUCCAGCACAGCAUAUACAUGCAACCGGUCACGACCACAGAGCCUCUGAUCCCGCUCUGGAGAAAGCUGUGCCAUGUCGUCAAGCAUCGUCUAGCCUCAGCUUUCGGCAAAUCAAGCCAAAGCGACACGAAACGACCGAGACAACAUCACUUCAACCACAUCCCAUUGCACAUCAAAGGUCAGGAUCGCUCCAUCCAACAAUCGAAUAUGCUGGCAAUCGAGAGCAAACUAUACCUGCCACCUCCCAACCAGCUCUCUCAAGCACCACACCACAAACCCGAUCCGGCUUCUUCCGCCAAAACUCCCUCAAACCUCCGAACCACCUCCUUCUCAUCCAACCUAUACAUACUCCAAUCAUUCCUUCACCCUCAACCAGAAAAGAAAAGCUGUGUUGGUGUAGUGGCUAUCACAUCCCGAGUCUUUCGGCCACGUGUACUUGUUACCGUGGAGUUAGAGUGA